GAGGCUACCGCGACCGAGUCCCGCGCCUCGCUGGCGGGGUGUGUGCAGAAAGAGCGAGGAUAAAUAGGAGGCUCCCUCCUCCCAGCCCCACUCCCGGAGCCGGCCGGCCGCCCGCCCCGGGUGUUUGCCCGCCCUGUGGCCGGGGUGCCAGCCUGGGGAGUAGUUUCGUUUCCUGCUGGCCCGAGAGUAGUUUCCAGGCCCGCCCUCGGGCGCCCGCGGCCCGGGAAGGGGCGCAGGAGGAGGCGGGGGACUCGGCCAGGGGCUGCCCGGCCCCGCAGCGUGGGGUUGAUGGACCGGGCCGCCCCGGCCGGCGGCGCCAGCUCCCUGCCACUGCUCCUGGCCCUCGCCCUGGGUCUAGUGAUCCUCCACUGUGUCGUGGCAGAUGGGAAUGCAACCAGAAGUCCUGAAAAGGAUGGCCUUCUCUGUGGAGAUCCUGGGGAAAACUGCGCAGCUACCACCAUGCAAUCGAAGCGGAAAGGCCACUUCUCUCGGUGCCCCAAGCAAUACAAGCACUACUGCAUCAAAGGGAGAUGUCGCUUCGUGGUGGCCGAGCAGACGCCCUCCUGCGUCUGUGAUGAAGGCUACACUGGGGCAAGAUGUGAGCGAGUUGACUUGUUUUACCUCAGAGGAGAUAGAGGGCAGAUUUUGGUGAUUUGUCUGAUAGUAGUUAUGGUGAUUUUUAUCAUCUUGGUGGUCGGUGUCUGCACAUGCUGUCACCCUCUUCGGAGGCGUCGCAAAAGAAGAAAGAAGGAAGAAGAAAUGGAAACUCUUGGUAAAGAUAUAACUCCAAUAAAUGAAGAUAUUCAAGAAACUAGUAUUGCUUAGUGGCUGGUGCAAGCUGCAAAAUGCCUUGCUCAUUCGAAAAUGGACAGGAUGUGUCUCAGGAAAACAGUCAGGAGAAAAUGAAUUUUAAAUAAUGUAUUUACUUUUUGUUUGUAAUGUUAGUCUGUGUUUUUUACUAUUUUUGUAAUAAUAAGUAAUUUCAGUAUUGUUUCGGAAUUGGGAAAAAGCGCUCACUUAAGACAUUUUAAUAAACUUCCACUUAAAGUUUUGUUACCAGGAUUACUAGUCGAAUAAAAAAUAGAAGCGAAAAGGAGUUUAGAUUUUAGGAAUUGGAUUAAUCAUAAAGCUGCCAUUUAGCCAGCACUUGCCAUGGGCCAAGAGUUUCAAGUAUAUCAUUUCUUCUAAGCCUUUCAAGAACCUAUGGGACAUCUAUCAUGAUCUUCAUUUCCCACAUGUGGAAACAGACACAAAAAAGUUAAAUAAUAUAACCCUGAUUUAUACAGUUCGGAAUUGGUGGAGCUAGAAUCGGAGCCAAGAUUUACCCAAUUUCAGUUUGUGUUCUUAACUGUCAUUUUUGUUGAUCUGAGUGGGUGCAGCUUAACUCACUAACAUAGCUCAGGACUUUAUACUAAACUGUGUUUCGCCAAGACUCUGAGAUGCCGGGGCUAUUUUCCUGCAGAUACUCAGAAGGCAGAGUCCUGGAUUUAUAUUACUGUUACCAUCGCGUUUUCUAUAGCAUUGACCUCUAUUAUGUUUCUUUGCUCUUUUGUAAAUUCUCAUUGACAUGAAUAAAUUCCUACAUUAGUAAAGCAAACAGGUUUUCCCCGUAGCUAGGGUAAUGAAUAGCGAUGGAAAAUAAAAAAUAAACAGGUAAGUGUUUGCAGUCACUAAGGGAUAAAUGAUAGCGCUGGAAGAGGUUGUUUAUUCCAGAGCAGUGGUCAGUGAUAGCACAGCAGAGCCCAGCAGACAUGGCUUGUGACCGUAUCCUCAUUUUUCUUCUUCCUGAUGGUUCUCAGGUGGAUGUUGUUGCAAUGAAAUCACGACCAUAAGAAUCGACUACUUGGGACCAUCUCGCCAGAUGUUCCUUCAACUCCAUAGCAUAUUUAAUAAAGACUCUUUUAAAAUUGAAAAAGCUAGGGGCACCUAAGUGGCUCAGACAAUGAGCUUUUGAGUCUUGAUUUCAGCUCAGGUCAUGAUCCCAAGGUUGUGGGAUCAAGCCCCA